UCAGCGCAGUCAGCCCCUGCAGGAUCCCGUUCACAGUCACAGGCGCCGGCCAGCGAGCGCUCACAGUGCGAGCAGGUGCGGGAGAGACGCACAGAGGACCCCCCGCUACUCUCCAGAGUCUACUUGUUGAUUCGGCCCACGGUGGCCGGACCGGGCGGACCGGACGGCGGUGCCUGUUUGAAGCAGCCUGCAGAAUGUCGGCGCGCGGCUCAUGAUGCCUCCGUCACCGGAGACCCGGACGGACACAACAAGUUUUAGCGCGUCUCUGGAAAUGUUGCUGCUCCACGACGUGAAUCGGGAUAUAUGGCAAACAUUCACAGGAGCGGAGGAGGGAGCCUGAUGCGGACAGCCAGGGGAAGCUGUCUUCUAGAUCUGCCUUUUGAAUUGACAAACAAUUGAAGAUGAUCAAGGCGGGGUCUCGGUCGGCGGCCACGCUGCCGCCGGACACGAUGGAUAUCAUCCGGAGCAAGGCCCACUCCCGCCGGGUGAGACUCAACGUAGGGGGUCUCCUCCACGAAGUCCUGUGGAGGACGCUGGACAGGCUUCCCCGCACAAGACUGGGCAAACUGAGAGACUGCAACACCCACGAAUCAAUCAUGGAAAUAUGCGACGACUACAGUUUGGACGGCAACGAGUACUUCUUCGACAGACACCCCGGCGCCUUCACCUCCAUCCUGAACUUCUACCGCACGGGGAAGCUGCACAUGAUGGAGGAGAUGUGCGCGCUGUCCUUCAGCCAGGAGCUGGACUACUGGGGCAUCGACGAGAUCUACCUGGAGUCGUGCUGCCAGGCCAGGUACCACCAGAAGAAGGAGCAGAUGAACGAGGAGCUCAAGCGGGAGGCGGAGAACCUGAGAGAGAGGGACGGAGAGGAGUUUACCACCACGUGCUGCUCGGAGAAGAGGAAGAAACUCUGGGACCUGCUGGAGAAGCCCAGCUCGUCGUUUGCUGCUAAGAUCCUGGCCAUCAUCUCCAUCCUCUUCAUCGUCUUGUCCACCAUUGCCUUGUCUCUGAACACCCUCCCAGAGCUGCAGGACACGGACGAGUUCGGCCAAGCCACGGACAACCCCCAGCUGGCCCACGUGGAGGCCGUGUGCAUCGCCUGGUUCACCAUGGAGUACCUGCUCCGCUUUCUCUCCUCCCCCAACAAGUGGAAGUUCUUUAAGGGUCCUUUGAACAUUAUCGACCUUCUUGCCAUCCUGCCCUACUAUGUGACCAUCUUCCUGACAGAGUCCAACAAGAGCGUGCUGCAGUUCCAGAACGUCCGCCGCGUGGUCCAGAUUUUCCGGAUCAUGCGCAUCCUGCGUAUCCUGAAGCUAGCGCGUCACUCCACGGGUCUUCAGUCUCUGGGCUUCACUCUUAGGAGGAGCUAUAAUGAACUUGGCCUUCUCAUUCUUUUCUUAGCCAUGGGCAUCAUGAUCUUCUCCAGUCUGGUGUUCUUUGCAGAAAAGGAUGAGGAGGACACCAAGUUCAAAAGCAUCCCAGCCUCCUUUUGGUGGGCCACUAUUACUAUGACCACAGUGGGCUAUGGGGACAUCUACCCGAAAACGCUCCUGGGCAAGAUCGUGGGUGGCUUGUGCUGCAUUGCAGGAGUACUGGUGAUUGCCCUGCCUAUUCCCAUCAUUGUAAAUAAUUUCUCUGAGUUCUACAAGGAGCAAAAGAGGCAGGAGAAAGCCAUUAAGAGGAGAGAGGCUCUGGAGCGAGCUAAAAGAAACGGUAGCAUUGUUUCCAUGAACAUUAAAGACGCGUUUGGCCGUAAUGUGGAGCUUAUGGACGUGAUGGUGGAGAAAACGGAGGAAAAGAAGGACAAAGUGCUUGAUAAUCACGUGUCACCGAACCAGCAGCGAGGGGCGCCCAAAUCUAAGUCACAGAUGAACCAGAGCAGCCCCACAAAGGCCCUGGAAAACUACCAGGAGCAGGCCAGGCCCUCCAGCAGCCCUCAGCAUCUCAGCGCUCAGAAACUGGAGGAGACGUACAACAAGAUGGCCAAGACGCAGUCCCAACCCCUCCUCAACAGCAGGGAAAGGGGGACGUCCAAGGCAGUUAGACACAGGGCUGAGUUUGAGAUGGGCAGCAUCCCCACCGAAGCUCCGUCAAGCACAGCCGAGGCAGUGACGGACAUGAGGAGCAUGUCGAGCAUCGACAGCUUCAUCAGCUGUGCCACCGACUUCCCCGAGAGCUCCCGUUUUUCCCACAGCCCCGUCAGCAGCAUGCCGGGGCGGGUCAGCACCAACCCCAGCCUGGAGCCCACCCUGGAGAACGAGAACGAAGGCUCCCAGGGCACCACGCCGACCCAGACGGGACGGGGCGCCAAGCCCGGCCCGUGUUCCGGCAGCCCGCGAGGCCUGCGAUUCGGCAACCCGCUGAGGAGUCGCGCUCACAAGGUCAACUUCAGAGGCGGCGAGGACCCGGGAGCAGGCGUGCUGUCGGACAGCUCGUCGGUCCAGAGUCCCGCCGCGUCCGUCUACACGACCGCCAGCAGCAGGACCCCCAGCAAGAGCCCAGAGAACGUGCCGCCCGGCAUCUUCACGUUCCACGACGCGUCUAUCAGUAAGUUCAUCGACGCCGACACGGACGAGGAGGAGCACCUGCACGACGGCUCCGGCAGCAACUCGUCCCAGAGACUCCUGGAAAAAGCCAGUCCUAAGCCUGGACGCCACCCCAGCUUCCCGCUGGGGUCCAACCACAGGGAGGGUCUCCAGAGGAAGCUGGAUAACAGCACGCUGCCUGCAGACGGGCAGGAAAACCACGUGGCUCAGGAACUGCAGCCACUGCAGGGAGAGACGAGUCACUCCAAUGCUUGAAGCUACGAUGAAUGAUUGAUGAAUAAAUGAACAUACGGAAAAGAAGCACAGUGAACAAAAAAUGAACUUAAGACUUUGGAUAUAAAAGACUUUUUAUGCCAUUAGAGCAAAACUGAGUCGGGAGAAAACAGGAAAACGUUUAUGAUCCUUUUCUUAACAAGGACUCAUCAGAAGGCUCUAAUAAAGGCAAGAAAUGCGCAUCGGACCAUUUUUACUAAUUAUGCAUUUCUUUCAGCCCAGUUUAUCAGCGAAUAAGUACAAAGUGUAAAAGUACAGAAAAUCAUUUGAUAAUAAACCUAUUUUUUGACGUCACAGGAUGAAGCCAGAGUCGCAGGACGUCCACUCAGUAGCAAAGCAAAGCACCAACAGAGAUGCGUUCACCACCAGUCAGCUGAGAUCCGUUAGAGUAGUUUUAUUUUAGCGUUAACUUCAUAUACUUAACUUCUGUAACUUUAUGGCAUUGCAGGUAGUUUGUUUCCUCUAACUUUCCUCUUCAAAGCCGGCCUUAGUUCAUGUUGUCGCCUACAUUUGUGUUUGAAGAGCGACCGAGGCACCGGCGGCACAUGAAGGUGUGUAAUUCAACGUCCUCCUCUGUAAAGUUCCCGCUCUCUUGUCUUAAGUGCGACACCGAAGAGAGUCCGUCGCUCGCUUCUCGUCGAUUGUUUUGUUCCGCACAGAGCAGAGACGACGAGCUCGUUCAAAUGAGAGGCGAUUUUUAUGUUUUACGACGAACGCAGGAAGGAGCUGCUUGUUCGUUCGCGUCCGUUUGGUUGAGUUGUUUGCUUUAAAUGUCUGUGUGCGUUUUGAAUCUGUGUUUUUUUUCCCCAAACUUACCUGAAGAUGUUGUGGUUCCUAUUGUAGCUGACAACUUUAACAUGUGAGCGUCGUUAUAGCUGGAAAAAAAAAUCACAUUUCAACGAUGCACUUCCUGUUGUUGGAGUGUGAACUCAUUAUAACUACAAAGGUACAGUAUUACAGAAAAUACACAUUUAUUGUAUAAGAAUGAAAUAAUUUAUAUUUUUAAGAUAUUUUCUAAAAAGAAUGGACAUAAAUAUAUUGUUCUAAUCUCGUAGUUUUGCAUUUCAAUACACAACAUGUACUGCAUUAUUUUGAUGGAGCUGCAUUUACUAGUAGACAAAACCCUAUAACAGAAACAUCUUGUUUGCGAAUGUCUGUCCCUGUAUCCAGUAAUGUGAACAACCAAAGACCUGCUCCUUCUGUAAACCACUUUUUCGUUUCAUCUCAACGCGUGAAACGUAACCAUUCCUGUUUAUACACAGCCGACUCUGACGUAUUUCAGGGAGCCAUACGAAGGAGGAAGGGAGACGGAGCACAGCACUUUAGUCCACAUCCAAGCUAAUUGGAACAUCACCAUACAUGUUGGUUACGCAGCUAAAUGUGCUGCAUCCUGCUCGUAUGACUGGCUUUAAAGCUGAGUGUCCACCAUCUGCUUACAUACUGUAACCAUGCAUUGACUUACGAGAUGCCGCGCGCGCAUGCUGCAGUACAUAGUAUGUAUUUUAGUAGUGAACCUGACCUUUAGAAAGACACAAGUAUUUAGUCUGUACAGCUGUUUUCGGUCGUUAGACAUGAGGAUUUAGAUGUUUCUGUGCCUUUGCUUUUAAAGAAAUGCCUGUCCUGCAUAUUGGAUCUGUGUCUGCAGCCUGAUGGAGCCUCAGUAACAAUUAAAGUGUGUAACAGACAAAGACACUGGGAACUGGGACGCCACGCUGACGCCCUCAUUAAAUGCCUCGCAUUCAUUCUCUAAUGCAUUUUCUUGUCCAGUCGCGUUUAAAUGGCUCAUAUGUACAUGACAUAGGCCCAAUCGACACAAACAAACAGGUGCAGACUCACUCAGCAGAGUGAAGGAUCACUGUUUCCAUGGUGAUGGUUGAUACCGGACGGCUCAAGCAUCAAGCAAGCAGCCUAAUUUGCAGGGAUUGAGUUAUUAAAGACUUCGGUCAGUCAUCAUCCCAUCAUUUUCAUUCCAUACAAACUCUGCAGCAGUUUGCGGUUUGACAGAGCCUGAGCCCAAGAUGCUGUUGCUGCGAUGUUUACGUUUACUCCAACUCCAAACGCCUGUGGAGGGAGGGAGUGUGAAAUGUGAAUGGAACGGGGGCCAGCACUGUGUGUGUGUGUGUGUGUGUGUGUGUGUGUGUGUGUGUGUGUGUGUGUGUGUGUGUGUGUGUGUGUGUGUGUGUGUGUGUGUGUGUGUGCUGUCAGCCUGAUCCAAGCUGACGUUCUCUAAUGAUGGCCGUGGCACUUUGCUAUUUCACCUCACGUCCAACUUCCCCGACUAACUCAGACAUGAUGCUUCAAAACAUCUCCUUCUCCUUUUUGUGCCCCUUCGAGGGCGAAGCGCUUCGCUUCUCGGGCGCGACGACUGCCACCACAUUCCCUCAGUCGGAAACUAAGCUGCCCAGCGAGGCGAGGCGCACAAAGAGGAGCCGUUUGCACAAUGACGGUGCAAAAAUGACAGCUGGUUUGAGGAUCAUUUGUGUGAUUCUAUAAAUAACAUCCUGGGCGUGCAGCAGGAAAGGCUCGGUUACAGCAAUGUCUUUGUCAGAUGGUGCCCUGAAAUCCUGAAAAAACGAACCAGGAGGAGGAAGAGGAGCGGGGUGUGUGGAGGGUCACAGGGACGAUGUGGUGGAGCUCAGCGUGCGACGACUGAAGGAUCAUUAACAUUCAUCACACAACAGUCAGACAUGCAGUAAAUACUGAGAAAUCUUUGAAAUAAAGCCUGACGUUACAGUGCACGUCUUCCGAACAGUCUAUUGAUGUGAUUAUAGCUGUUUAAUCUGUUUAAUUGCUUUCAAUAAUGUCCUUGCUGAUUUUUAUAUCCACAUUUUUUUCUUGUAUUCUGAACUGCACUUUAUGUUUCUUAGUUAAAUCAGUAUGUUCAGACACAAAUUCCAGCAGAACAACUUACUCAGUUGUUUUUGAGCGCAACAGGUUUAAGCCAAAUGCAGACGCCCAUGAUGAUUCCACCUUCCGAAUGCUCCUGUUGGAUCCGAUGCUGUGUGUCUGGAAAAAUGUCUGCUUUGUUGUCGUUCCCUGUUCAACGCAUGUAGCGCUGUUAAUACCUUUGUCACAUAGAAUUUGUAAACGUCAUCUAAGAAGCUGAAACAGGAAAAAGAAUUUCACCUUUUACUGAGUGAUGCUUAAUAAAAGACAUUAAUUCAG